AUGGGGGUGAAGGAGGCACAAGUGCUCGCGGAGAUUUAUUCCCGGAGAGCUAAUGCUCGCUCGGGCGGCGACCGUCCUCCGCCCGAGCUUGUGAGAAGAUGGCGCGAGCAGGCGCAGGAGGAUGUCCUGUCCCAGUGGAAGGAUAGACUGGCGGCGCCUACUGCUGGUCAUUGGACUGCGGCGGCAAUAGGGCCAAUUCUCGAAGAGUGGGUGGGAAGAAGGCACGGAGUGCUGUCCUUCCGUAUCACCCAAAUUUUGACCAACCAUGGUUGCUUCGGCUACUACCUGCAUAAGGUGGCUAGACGGGAACCUACCCCCGUGUGCCACCAGUGCGGUAGUAGCCCAGAUACAGCGCAGCACACCAUUGAGCUGUGUCCCGCCUGGGACGAGCAGCGCAAUGCGUUGGCGGCAAAUACCGGACAGGACUUCUCGCUGCCGAAUUUGGUGAGGGUGAUGAUCGGCAGCGAGGCCGGCUGGAAAGCCAUAGAUACCUUCUGCGAACAAGUAAUAUCGCAGAAGGAGGCGGCGGAGCGGGUCCGUGAGGCAGACGCUCAUGCGGACCCAAUUCGUCGCCGGAGGGAGGGCAGGCGUCGGACGCGUUACGCCGCCCAGAUGCCGCCCUAG